GUCCGGCGAGGCGGGGGAGCAUGUACUUGUCGGCCUUCUCCUCGACGUCUUCGCAAGGCAGCGGCGUGGGGGAGAGCGAGGCGGCGAGGGAUAGCUCCACCUUGGUCGCCGUCGACCGGGACAAGAACAGCCAGCAGGCGGCGAAAUGGGCGGUGGACCGGCUCCUCGCCAGGGGCAGCGUUCUGCAGCUCGUCCAUGUCAGGCCCACCCAAAACGCUGAAGCAGGCCGUGGAGGUAAAGAUGAAGCGGAUGCAGAGAUGCAACAGAUGUUCAUCUCCUACAGAGGAUAUUGUGCUCGUAAAGGGAUGCAACUGAAGGAGGUGAUCUUGGAUGGCGCUGACAUCUCCAAGGCAAUCGUGGAUUACGCUACUAGCAACGCCAUCACCGACGUCGUCGUAGGGGCGUCAACUAGGAACACAUUCAUCAGAAAGUUCAGAAGUCCUGAUGUGCCAACAUGCUUGAUGAAGAUGGUGCCUGAUUACUGCACAGUGCAUGUCAUCCAUAAAGGGAAGGCAAUCCAAGUGAAGGCAGCCAAAGGCCCAGCACCCUUUACCACUCUCCCUCCCAAACAAUACUCACAAUCAAGCAUAGAUUCCGACGGAUAUGCGAGAUCAAGAGGAGACUGGAAGAAGAUUUCUCACCAAUCAUCUCCAAAGGCAAACAGACCGUUAGUGGAUCGACUACCUGGGAUUGGAAAAGCUCCAUCUCGGGAUAGGCCUCUCUCUGGAGCAAGGACAGCACCCCCAAAAGAUUUCGACGACUAUAUCGACUUCAUUGCUCCUCCGAGACCCUCGGUGACCCGUAGCUCCUUUUCAGAUGAUGUUGAUUUUAAUAUGAGCAUGGAGUUGCCGUCGAUGGACUUCGUCGAUUCUAUGGAGCUUUCCGCAUCAAUGUCCAUGGAAAGCCUAAGCUCAGCUGGGGAUGUCGAAACUGAAAUGAAACGACUGAGAUUAGAGCUGAAACAAACGAUGGAAAUGUACAACUCCGCAUGCAAGGAAGCAAUUGAUGCUAAAAAUAAGGCCGCUCAGAUGCACCAGAUGAAGGUGGAAGAGUCCAAAAAGUAUCAAGAACUCAGGAACGCCGAAGAAGAAGCCCUUGCUCUGGUCCAAAUGGAGAAGGCAAAGUGCAGAGCGGCCCUAGAAGCAGCAGAGGCUGCACAGAGAAUUGCAGAGCUGGAGGCUCAGAAGAGACUGAGGGCGGAGUGGAAGGCGAAGCGCGAAGCCGAGGAGAGGACAAGAGCAACUGAUGCAAUGAACAACACUGAUCUGAGGUACAGGAGGUACUCCAUUGAUGACAUUGAAGCUGCCACCCAUAAGUUUGACAGGGCGCUCAAGAUAGGGGAAGGAGGAUAUGGACCAGUGUAUAAAGCCGUCAUGGAUCAUACCAAUGUCGCCAUUAAAAUCUUGAGGCCAGAUGCAUCGCAAGGGAGGAAACAGUUUCAGCAAGAGAUAGAAGUGCUUAGCUGCAUGAGGCACCCAAACAUGGUGCUGCUGCUGGGGGCGUGCCCGGAGUACGGGUGCCUGGUGUACGAGUACAUGGACUACGGCAGCCUGGAGGACCGGCUGUGCCGGCGGGGCAACACCCUCCCGAUCCCCUGGAACAUCCGCUUCCGCAUCGCCGCCGACAUCGCCACCGGCCUGCUGUUCCUCCACCAGGCGAAGCCGGAGCCGCUGGUGCACCGCGACCUGAAGCCGGCCAACAUCCUGCUGGACCACAACUUCGUGAGCAAGAUCAGCGACGUCGGGCUGGCCCGCCUGGUGCCGGCCGCCGCCGCCGCGGAGGCGACGCAGUACCGGAUGACCUCGACGGCGGGGACCUUCUGCUACAUCGACCCGGAGUACCAGCAGACGGGGAUGCUGACCACCAAGUCGGACAUCUACUCGCUGGGGAUCCUGCUGCUGCAGAUCGUGACGGCGAGGUCGCCCAUGGGGCUGACGCACCACGUGGAGAGCGCCAUCGAGCGGGGCGCGUUCCAGGAGGUGCUCGACCCCACCGUCACCGACUGGCCCGUCGAGGACGCCAUGGCCUUCGCCCGCCUCGCGCUGCGCUGCGCCGAGCUCAGGAAGAAGGACCGCCCCGACCUCGGCAAGGAGAUCCUCCCCGAGCUCAACCGCCUGCGCUGCCUCGGCCAGGACUACGACGCCUCCAAGCUCAGCAGCUCCAGCACCACCUGCUCCAGCUACAGCUUCGGCAACGACGACCUCUCCAUCUCAUGAUCUCUCCCCCUUCCCUUCCCUCUCUCUCUCUCUCUCUCUCUCUCUCUCUCUCUCUCUCUCUGCUGAUGACUGAUGAUGCAAUGCAACAUAGUUUCUUUCGAUCAAGCAGAAGUGAUGAAUUGAUUAUUAGUGUGUAGAUAUCUAAUCAAGAGGAGAUGACUAAACCAUGUAAAG